AUGGGCCCGACAUUCAGCCCCUGCCCCCGCCCCAUCCUCAAACGCCCCUGCACCGUUGCCGACCUCCCCUCCGUUGCCCGCGAACGCGACGAGCCCACCGAGCUGCUCGCCAUCGACCGCGGCAUCCUCCAGCCCGUCGUCCGCUUCCCCUCCCGCCCCGCCCUCUCCAAGACCUUCUCCGCCCACUCCUCCGCCCAGUACGACCGCUCCCCCAUCGUCGUCCAGCCCAACAACUGCGCCCUCCCCGCUCGCGGCUGCCCCGGCCGCACCUACAGCCUCGACGACCACGCGCUCCAGACCUCCCCGCGCGCAUCGUCCAGCAGAAGGCGCAGCCCCAGCCGCGCCGGGCGACACCUCCACCCGCGUGCGGCCUUGGCGCUUCCCCUCGACGAGGAGGACGACGACCCGACGCCCCGCGCGAGCCCCCACGCGCCCCUCCCCGCGCUCGUGCCCGACCUCUCGUCCGAGUCUGACGAGUCCGACGGGUUCACGAGCCCGCCCAACGAGCUCGUCGCAGCCGGUAGGCCCGCGCUCGCCUAUAUGCGGAUGUCGCUGACCUUCCCGAUGUCCGCCGGCGCAGACUCCCUGGCCAUGGGCCUCGCGUCCCUCCACCUCUCGCAGUCCGAGGCCCUCGCGUUCCUCCCCCACCCGCCCUCGCCCCCGCGCAUGUACGGCUCUGGCAACGCGCACCCGCCAGAAACGGACGCCCGCGCGAUUCGUCAUGCGCGCAAUGGCAGUAGCGAUGGGAACGGGAGCCCGACGCGCGAGCGCAAGCGGCACACGCGCACGCGCAGUGGUGCGUCCGAGGCGAAUGCGCGCUACAAGGCGCUGUCGGAGAGCAGUCGGCUCAGCGACUGCUCGCUGGCGGACGAUCUCGGAUGUUUAGGUGGCUUCUAG